AUGACAAUGCUCCUGAGGCUACUGGCCUCCAAACCUUCCCUCCCCUCUCAUCAGCAAGCCUCUCCGCUUCUGCCUGCCCGAGCUGCCCUUCAAGCACAUCUCCUCCCCUCACCCGCUCUCUGCUUCCCCCGAACCCCCUCCUCCCCCACCCUCUUCUCCCCCCAGAGCAACCCCCCCAAGCCUCUCCGCAUCUGGUCGCCCAAGCCUGCCUCCGCCACCGCCCUGCCAAGCAACCCCCCCAAGCCUCUCCGCAUCUGGUCGCCCAAGCCUGCCUCCGCCACCGCCCUGCCAGUGCUGCUCUUCCAACACGGCUUCUCCGCCCAAACUAUUUACUACUCUCGCCUGCUCUCCCGCGUCGCUUCUCACGGCUUCAUUGUCGUUGCUCCCCAGCCUUUCUAUCCCGUUCCAUCCUUUGCCGUCCUUUGCCGUCAUUUCUCGUCCCAUCCCAUCUGUUCCCAUCUCUCCUCUUCCCUUCCCCCUGGUCUUCCCCCUGCUCCCCUCACUUCGUCCCCCAUCUCCAAGAGCAACGUUCCCAAGCCUCUCCGCAUCUGGUCCCCCAAGCCCACCCAACACCCCCCUCCCCCUCUUCUCUCCCUCCCCCUUCCCCCUUUUUCCCCCGGACCCUCUUCUCCCCACCAGAGCAACCCCCCCAGGCCUCUCCGCAUCUGGUCACCCAAGCCCGCCACAGCCACCGCCCUGCCAGUGCUGCUCUUCCAACACGGCUUCUCUGCUCAGACCUCCAUGUACUCGCAGCUGCUCACGCGCAUAGCCAAGCACGGCUACAUCGUCGUGGCUCCCCAGGUGUGUGGAUGCGUGCAUUCGGUGUACAGAUGGGUAAGAAUGGGUUUAGUGCGGUGGUUAAGUGUGCAUCUGGUGCUGAUCUUCCAACACGGCUACUCCCAGCUGCUCACGCGCAUUGCCAAGUACAGCUACAUCUUCGUCGCUCUCCAGAUUUAUCACCACAUAGAUGUACCCUUCAACUACAGGCUACAAUACAAUGGCCCCACCAUUCCUUUCUCAUCUAGCCUCUCCCCCAUCCUCCCCCCCCCAACCUCCUCCCCUCUUCCCCCUCCUACCACAACCCAGAUGUACCCUGUUACAGCAGGCUACAAUACAGCGCCAGAAAUGCGCGGUUCAGCCAACGUCAUCGGCUGGCUGCGUAAACGACUGGCGAAGGUCCUCGCCAACCGCCUCAAAGUGAAAGCCGUUCCCGAUUGGGACAAGCUUGCUAUUUCGGGGCACAGUCGAGGAGCGUAUUUCGGCCACAAGUACUAUUACUCGGAUCUUGCAGACUCGGCAUAUCAUGUGGUCAUGCCCAGGUAUGGCCAUGCUGAUUUCAACAACGAUAUGCGGGUGACGGUCAAUGUUUGCCCUGGAGGGCAGAAGAAAGUGAAAGCCCGGGUGGCAACUGCUGGGCUGGUGGUGGCAUUUCUCAAGGCUAAGCUCGAGGCUGAUUCUAGUGAUUUGGACGAUGUGUUGGCCAACCCAGGCCAUGCUCCUGUUACGCUGUCACCUGUUGAAAGUAAAUGA